UGCGGCCUCCUUCCGAACAAAAGGGCGUAGGGAAAUAAAAUCGUUUGGUUAAUAAGACUUCGGAAAGCGAGGGCAGGCGGUCUCGGUUGUGAAUAUUUUCUGAUUUUUCCAGAAAUCAAGCAGAAGAUUGAGCUGCUGAUGUCAGUUAACUCUGAGAAGUCGUCCUCUUCAGAAAGGCCAGAGCCUCAACAGAAAGCACCCUCUGCACCUCCACCUCCACCCCCGCCCCCACCUCCGCCCCUGCCGGAGCCCACCCCGCCAGAGCCAGAGGAGGAGAUUUUAGGAUCCGACGAUGAGGAGCAAGAGGAUCCCGCAGAUUACUGUAAAGGAGGCUAUCAUCCAGUGAAAAUUGGUGAUCUUUUCAAUGGCCGGUAUCAUGUUAUUAGAAAGUUAGGAUGGGGACACUUCUCUACAGUCUGGCUAUGCUGGGAUAUGCAGGGGAAAAGGUUUGUUGCAAUGAAAGUUGUAAAAAGUGCCCAGCAUUAUACAGAGACAGCCUUGGAUGAAAUAAAGUUGCUGAAAUGUGUCCGUGAAAGUGACCCUAAUGAUCCCAACAAGGAUAUGGUUGUACAGCUCAUUGAUGAUUUCAAAAUUUCUGGAAUGAAUGGAAUCCAUGUCUGUAUGGUCUUUGAAGUACUUGGACAUCAUCUCCUAAAAUGGAUAAUCAAGUCCAAUUAUCAAGGCCUUCCCAUCCGUUGUGUAAAAAGUAUAAUUAGACAGGUACUUCAAGGUCUGGAUUAUCUACACAGCAAGUGCAAGAUCAUUCAUACGGAUAUAAAGCCAGAAAACAUUUUGAUGUGCGUGGAUGAUGCCUAUGUUCGUAGAAUGGCUGCUGAAGCUACCGAAUGGCAGAAAGCUGGUGCUCCUCCUCCCUCUGGCUCAGCAGUGAGUACAGCUCCACAACAAAAGCCUGUUGGAAAAAUAUCCAAAAACAAAAAGAAAAAACUGAAGAAAAAACAGAAGAGACAAGCUGAGCUGUUAGAAAAACGCCUGCAGGAAAUAGAAGAACUAGAGCGAGAAGCUGAAAGGAAAAAAAUAGAAGAAAAUGUAACCUCAGCUGUACCAUCAAAUGAACAAGAAGAUGAGUACCACCCAGAGGUGAAACUAAAAACAGCUGAUAUAGAAGAGGUAGUAGAUGAAGAACCUGGAAAUGAUGAUGGUGAAGCAGAAGAUCAGGAUGAAAAAGAAGACACAGAGAAAGAAAACACUGAAAAAGAUGAUGACGUUGAACAGGAACUUGUCAACACUGACCCUACAGACCCUAAGUGGAUAGAAUCCCCCAAAACAAAUGGCCAUAUUGUGAAUGGCCCAUUCAUAUUGGAACAACAGAUUGAAGAUGAAGAUGAGGAAGAGGAAGAAUGUCCAAAUCCAGAGGAAUAUAAUCUUGAUGAGCCAAAUGCAAAAAGUGAUUACUCUUAUAGCAGCUCCUAUGAACAGUUUAAUGGUGAAUUGCCAAAUGGACGUCAUAAAAUUCCCGAGUCACAGUUCUCUGAAUUUUCAGCUUCAGUGUUCUCUGGGGGUUUAGAAUCUGUAGCUUGUGGUUCUGCUGUUUCUGAAGGAUCAACUGUCACUGAAAGAGAGGAGAGCAGCCCAUCUCACGACAGGAGCAGAACAGUUUCAGCUUCAAGCACUGGGGAUUUGCCAAAAACAAAAACUCGUGCUGCUGACUUACUCGUGAAUCCACUGGACCCAAGAAAUGCAGAUAAAAUUAGAGUUAAAAUUGCUGACCUGGGGAAUGCCUGCUGGGUGCAUAAACACUUCACAGAAGACAUCCAGACAAGACAAUAUAGAUCCAUAGAGGUUUUAAUAGGAGCAGGUUACAGUACACCUGCUGAUAUCUGGAGUACAGCAUGUAUGGCUUUUGAGCUAGCGACGGGAGAUUAUUUGUUUGAGCCGCACUCUGGUGAAGACUAUUCCAGGGAUGAAGACCACAUAGCAUUGAUCAUUGAACUGCUGGGAAAAAUCCCUCGAAAAUACGCUAUGUUGGGGAAAUAUUCCAAGGAGUUUUUCACCAAAAAAGGAGAACUCCGACACAUUACCAAGCUGAAACCUUGGAGUCUUUUUGAUGUGCUUGUGGAGAAGUAUGGUUGGCCUCACGAAGAUGCUGCACAGUUUACAGAUUUCCUGAUCCCCAUGCUAGAAAUGGUCCCAGAGAAACGUGCUUCAGCUGGAGAAUGCCUCAGGCAUCCGUGGCUGAAUUCUUAGCAGAAUUUCCCAGCCGUUUAAAAAAAAACAAAACAAAACAAAGGCCAGCAACCACUUUCCAAUGCAUCGGACCUAAAUGGUGACUGUCACAAAUUCUUUAGCAGGAUCACACGUGAGCUGGCUUCAAUCCUCAGACCUUUGUUUUGCUUGAGGUACUGUUUGACAUUUUGCUUUUUGUGCACUGUGUUCUUGGGGAAGGGUAGUCUUUUUGUCUUCAGCUAGUAGUUUACUCACCCACUUUCUUCAGGAAACACUUACCGUGUCUUUAAGCAUUGUUUCUUGUGUUGUGUGGCAUUCAGUUGUCAGAUUUUUGAACAAAGGAAACUUCCCCCCCAUGUGUUUUGGCAAGUUUUGUAACUAUUUAUGGAAAAAAAAUAUUUUAGCUGAUGCAUAUUAUAUAAUUUACAAGCGUUAAGAAAUUUAUCAAGUCAGAAAUGAGCUAUGGUGAGGAAUUGUACAAUUUUAUCUUCUGGCAAAGGGACAUCAUUCUUGUAUUAUAGUGUAUGUAAAUGCACCCUGUAAAUGUUUAUUUCCAUUUACAUAUGGGAUUGGGGACUCAAUUUCAGGGUAAAGCGACGAAGUUUUAGAGAGCUUUAUAGCAAACCAAUUGCAUGUAGUGGACUUUAAACUGCUGUAAGGAAUUGUGUAAACUUUCUAUUCUGUAGCAGUUCCUGUUCAUUGGAUUUUAAACAAAGUGGCUCUGGUUUACAGGAUUUCAUUCCCCAAACAGCACUUUAAAGGAAGGCUAGACUUCUUUCUAAUAAAGUAUGCAUUAUCAUUUAGCACUCCCUUUUAGAACUUCUGCCUAUUUUAAGUGCUUUUAAGAAAAGAAAAAUAGCAAUUUCCCUUACAAUGUGAUAGUGAAGACAUGGUACCAUAUGGUGUUGCCUUUUUAUAAGCACUGUAAGUUGUACUAUACCUUAAGGAAAAAGAAAUGAUUAAAAGUCGAGCAUGAGAACCACUCUCUGUGUAGAAUUACUGAUCUUUUAUAAUAAAAGUGUGUGCUUGGAAUCGGUUAAGGAAGGAUAGUGCUGCAGAUAUUUGCAGUGCAGUGGGUAAAAUAGUCCAAGAAGCAAGAUCAUGCUCAUUCCAUUCAUAGCUUUACAUGUUUCUAAAAGAAAUUGCACUAGCUUUAUUCUUUCCCAUAAAUAGACAUACAAUUACCUGUUGUAAGUUGCACGCAAGUUACGUGUUUCCUAGGAAAAAAAAAGCUGCAUAGGCUGAAGCUUAUAGGCAAUACAGAUUUUAGAAUGUACAGUACAGAGGUGUGUUUUGGCCUCUUUUAGGAGUCAGUGGGAUGAAUGUAAGCUUACUUCUGAUCUUCAUGUAACUACGGUGCCACUUUUUCUUGACUUUGUCCAUAUGAAAUUUAUUCACAUGCCUUUGCAAUAACUAGAUUGUGAGAAGAUAGCCCCAUGCUGUAACAAUAACCAGUUGUUUGAGGUGCUUGCAGUUGUCUAAUUAAAGUGUUUUGUUUUUUCA